UUUCGCAUGUCCAAUAUGCAAACGUUGAUCCCUCUUGCAUCUACCAUGUCGUCCCCCACCGGUCCUCAGACCACCCCAGUUGUGCGAAACUACAACAAACGCAUCCGUGCAAGUAGUAUCAUCUCCACACAAAGCUGGUGCAGGAGCAAUAUGUCGUCGCCGCCUCUGCUGUUUGACGACGAAAUCGAAGGCACGGGGAUGUGGACCAACGCAGAACACCUGCGGUUCAUGGAAGGAGUGGCCAUGUUCCCCAAAGGUCCGUGGAAGUGCGUGGCCGACCACGUGCAAACUCGCACAGUGCGCCAGAUUCGAACACAUGCCCAAAAGUACCGAGAAAAGAAAGCCCGGCACUUGCGGGGUCUGCGGCAAAAGGUCCAUCCCUCCCCCUCGGCAUCUUUUCGAAACUCCAACUACCGGUACAGCAGCGACAGCGACGACGGUUGCCGCUACGUGGAUCCCGUCGCGGUCGACGAUGUCGGGGUAGUGUCGGGCCAACUUGACAUGCGGUUGGAUCCGCUACCGUAUUCGUGCAGCCCCAUGCAACUCGACGAGUGUGUGGCAUUUCUCCUCGAGGCUUUCACCAACUCCAAGUAGUGUCAGUGAAUCCUUAAUUUAGCACGAUAUCGUAUCUCA